AUGUUCCAUGGAUUGCCAAGUGAAGACCCCAUUGACCACCUUGAUGAGUUUGAUAGGCUUUGUGAUUUGACAAAGAUCAAUGGUGUCUCUGAAGAUGCCAUCAAGCUGAGACUCUUUCCUAUGUCUCUAGCUGACAAAGCUCACCAAUGGGAGAAGAGCUUGCCCCAUGGCACAAUCACCACUUGGGAUGAAUGCAAGAAGGCCUUUCUUGCUAAGUUUUUCUCCACCGGUCGCACAGCCAAGCUUAGAGGAGAGAUAUCCAGCUUCAUCCAGCGAAACAAUGAGACAUUCGCAGAGGCUUGGGAGAGGUUCAAAGGCUACACAAGUCAGUGCCCACACCAUGGAUUCAACAAUGAAUCACUACUCUCCACUCUUUAUAGAGGAUGCUUGCCUAGGUAUAGGGAGAUGCUAGACACAGCUAGCAAUGGGAACUUCCUCAACCAGGAUGUAGAUGAUGGCUGGCAACUUGUGGAGAACAUAGCUAACUCAAAUGGAAGCUAUGGAGAAGAGUAUGAUCGCACCAACCGGAGCUCGACCCACCACUCGAUCGAGUCAGACGAAAAGUUGAGAAAAGAUGUUAAGGCAUUGAAUGAGAAGUUGGAUAAGCUGAUCCUAGCUCAGUCCACAAUGAAGAAAGUCAACUUUGUGUCUGCUGAGGAGAUGGAACCAGUCCAAGAAGGGGAGGAUACACAAUUUGCUGAGGUGUGCUACAUGAGCAAUGGGCAAGGAGGUUACAACAAAGGAUACUAUAAUUACAAGUCCAACCCUGCCAUGUCAUACCGCAACACUGAUGUUGCUAACCCUCAGGACCAAGUAUAUCCUCAACAACAAGCAGCUCGAUCGAGUCAAGCCACAACAUGGGUAUGGUCAAAAGAACAAUUACCAAGGACCACAAGGCACUUUCCCUGGACAACAAAUGAAUAUCCCACCAGGCUUCCCCACCAACCGCCCCAGCCUGCACCUUCACAAGAGAAUGAGCUCAAGGCAAUGCUAAAGCAACUACUUCAAGGGCAAGCUGAUGGGGUAGUGGACACAAGCAAGAAGCUAGCUGAAAUAAACUCUAAGAUCGAGAACCUCAACACAAGGGUUUACUCUCUGGAGAAUCAUGCUUCUUCUGUUGCUGCUGCUACAAAGCAAGGACAACUACCUGGUAAAGCUAUUCAGAACCCCAAGGAACAGUGCAAGGUCAUCUUCACUCAAGAAGGACUUGUUGAAGAAGAGGAUCAAGAAAGGGUCAUUGAAGAUUUUUGUUUACUGCUGAAUGAUGAAGAGAUUGUUGCUGCUGAGGCUCCUGGAGUCCAGAUUGAUCAACCAGAAGUGCAUGCACCUACUGUGGCCAUUCACACUUCACCAGUUGAGCUCGCACAACAAGCUCGAUCGGCAGCUCGAUCGAGUCCAACUCUAGCUCGAUCGAGUCCGACCUCUUCUGCCAAAGCCAUUUUGCUUGAUCCUUACCAACCGGUUGCCGCUUCCUCGUCUCGCCUACUUAGUCAAGGUCACAAGGAAGUGAUUCACAAGUUCAGAAGAGAUCUCAGUGGGAUUGGAAUUGAAGGUCCUGAAGAGUCUACUCAUCAGUUCAACCUGCUUACUUCACCCACCUUCCUACCAAAGGUCAAGGAUCAAGGGAAAUUCACUCUCCCUUGCACACUUGGGCAUCUUGAGAUUGACAAUGCCUUAGUGGAUUCUGGAGCAAGCAUCAAUCUGAUCUCUCUCUCCAUGGCAGAGAAGCUAGGCAUUGCUGGAGCCUUGCAGCGCCCUACUACUUCAAUCAUGUUUGGAGAUGCAACUUCUAAGUCUCCUCUUGGAGUGUUCAAGAACUAUCACUUGAAAAUUGGAGAAUGCAUCAUCCAAACUGAUCUCACUGUGAUGGAAUGGAAGAAGAGAAGGAUCUACCUCUGUUAUUGGGAACCCCAUUCCUUACCUAGAGGUUCAGACUUUUGUGCCACAAUUGACAGUACCACUCUCAGUUCUAAGAGUCAUGGAGCUACAAAGGUUGUGAAGGAAAGGGUUGACAAAGAACCAAGAGUUGGGAAGGAUAAGGAUGAGAGAGGACCAAGGAUUGAGAAGCCACGUCUUGAGAGGGCUAGAGUUGAGAAACCACGAUCUGAUAGGCCACGAGCUGAUAGACUUGUUCAAGCCCCUUGUGUGCUUGAUGAAGAGAGCCUUCAAGCUUUGUUUGAUGAGCCACUAGGAAGGGCUCUAAAAGAAGGGGAGGAUGUAGCCUCUAAGGCAAGACCAGGUGAUAAAAGAAAGGAUCCACCAGCUCAGGCCCCUUCAGUCAAGGAGUACAAGAUAAGGUACAAGGGGAGAUCAAGGCCAUUCUCUAGAGCCAAGGCCUUGGUCACUUCAGAACAAUCCAGGGACCCAACCAAGCUAAAGGAGCUUCUGUCUCAAGUCCUCACUAUCACCCUUGAUGGUGGGACUAGCUCAACCAAUGCCUAA